GGGGGAGACGCGUGUCAAUUUUGUUGAUACACCAAUACACUACCAAAUUUAUUCACAUAGUAUUUGAUCAAUAAACAGUCGUUUUUUCUGAAUAAAAAUUGUAACGAUGGACUCGGAGCACAGAUAUGCAUUUGUAGCAAUGUUUGAUGGUAAAAAAGUGAAAAAAUAUAUAAAAUCUAUGGAGGAGAUUGUUGGAAUUGAAUGGAUCACAGAAACGAAGUUUUGGUUCCGUGAUAGAAAUGAUGCUUACUAUGAAGGAAUAAUACUAGCAAAAAACGAAAAUGAACAAACACUUCGGGACCGAGUCUCAAAAAAGUCACCUCGAAUUCCUCACAAUGCCUUCAAGCCAUUCCCCGAUCCGAAUGUACAACCAACGAGUCUAGUUGAAAAAUGGAAGAAAAGGCUCACCACGAGAGCUGACAACAUUCUCGAGUCUAUUUUGAAAGAACUCCGCCAAGAGUGUAACCCAAAAUUAUUUGCAGAAAGUGAGAAGAGAAGAAAAUCAUCAGUUGAAACGAUGAAUGAUGGAGGAGAAAAUGGAUCAACUUUCAUUAAGAAAGAGCAUAAAGUGAAUCACACCCCCGUCGCAGAAGAGAAAAAGUCAACAACAAUGGCAAAAGAAGCACCGAAUGAAGCCAUCCAUGUCAAAAAUGGAAGGAAGAUUUCAUCAUUCGCUGAUCGAGAGAAAAGAAUGCUAAAAAACACUUUUGUUUUGUUACCGAAAAAGUCAACAACAAUGGCAAAAGAAGCACCGAAUGAAAUUAAACUACGACAAGAAAAUAAUUUAAUGAAUGCUCCUAUAAAACAGCCCAUUGAAAAUAAUCGAAAACUAAAUAUCCAAAAUAAUGAAAUUGAAAUGUCAUCAGAAGAAUCGGGUGAAGAUGAUAAAUCAUCUUGCGGCUCAAACAAUGCUAUCCAUGUCAAAAAUGGAAGGAAGAUUUCAUCAUUCGCUGAUCCAGAGAAAAGAAUGCUAAAAAACACUUUUGUUAUUCACCCGAAAAAGUCAACAACAAUGGCAAAAGAAGCACCGAAUGAAGGCACCAUUUUUAAAAAAAAAUACAAGAAAUUACAAAAAAAAUAUCGAUUAUUAAAGACGAUAUUCAUCGAACAGCAGAGACAGUAUACAAGAGAUUUACAAAUUCAGUAUUUAGCUCAAAGUCUGUACAAAGCUAUAAAGAAACGCUAUAAUUCAGAGGAAGAGGACGAUUGAUCAUCAAAUUGACAGGAUUCGUGAAUAUUCAUUAUCUUAAUAGUUGUUAAAUGUACGUAACUUUGAUUUUUUUAAUAAUAUGUUAGCAAUGAGGCAAUACAGUAGAAUUUAAGCUCUAGAUCAUUUGUCGCUGGUAUUAGAUGUAAGUAUUCUACACUUUGAAUUAGGCCGUGAGAGUGACGGUGGAAUGAGAAAAGUCGUGAAAAACGAGUACAAACAUGAUUAGUAGAGAAAUUUAUAUAAAUUUGGGAUAGCAUAAUCAAUACAGCAUUCAGUGUUUAAGAUUGGGCUAAACAACAACAAAUUUUUGCUCCAUUUUUAGGAGUACAAAAACUAUAGAGUAAAUAAAUCUAGUGGAUGUAAUUCGCUUCCGUAUACUUAUUUAUUCUUUGGAAAGAAAUCAAUGUUCAGCCCAUCUCAACUCGGAGGUUCAAAUUUCAUUCCCGAUUCCAGAAGUGUCUUUUUUCUGGAAAGAUCGUCCUUUGCAUUGUCUGGGUGACCAUGGAAUCGCUAUUUACAACCUGAUAUUAUUUUAGUAUAGACAUGAUACGUUACAAUUGCUUAAUUUAAAUUUUAACAAAGAUUAAUUAAUAGCAAUUGUCUUACAUAUUUAUCGGAAAACAAUUUUAUUCAGUUUUGUUUCAUUACGGCAUUGUCUUCAUACCAAAUUAAACUAGUCUUUUUUUGUAUUUCAGUUGCUAACCUAAUACCCGAAUAGAAUUUAUUUUUGAGAAAUGGUUCGCACCCAAUUCGAAUUUCCUUAGUUCAAGUUAGGCACCAAAUGGGAUACCACAUUAGGCCCAUAUUGGAAAUGUAACGCCUAUCCCUAUUAGGACCAAGUAAGAAAAGCCUAAUUAAGGCAAGUUAAAUAUAAAAACUAUGUUGAUUGAUUAUCUUAUAUUUUUUAUGAUUUUAUAUUGUUGAAAUACUAAUUAUUAAACGUUUUUUAAUCAAAUUUCCGCGAAAAUACAUAUGCUGAAAUUUGUUCCUUGGGGGAUUUUAACCUACGAUCGCUAGCUUGCUCGCAUCUAAGACCAGUGCCUUUAUCCGCUCGGCUAUUCAUCCAAUUAAAAAAUUAUUACUAUUAUAUUAAUAUGAACUAAUCUAUAUGUGAAAUUUUCUCAAAUAUUUUUAUAAAUCAUCAUGUUAAUGAUUCAAAUAUUUUAAUACUGUUAUGUAUGCGUACCGAGAUGCAAUGCAAAUAAAUCAGUGUGCUAUCAGCC